CCGUGAGGCUCGUACAAAGACCGUCAUCAUUUUAAACCGACUUUUCUUCAAGUAUUUUAACCACAACGAAUAAAAUCCAAACCACUAUCAAAAUCAUGUCGUUCCCAAAAAUGGUUUGCAUGUUGUUAAUAUGGAAUAUUUUUGAUAACAUCGAAACCUCAUCAAUCAUCAAUAAUCAAGAGGAAUCUCCAGAUUGGCUACUAAAUUGGGAUACAGAGAUCCGAGUGUGUGGACCAAGUUUUUACCAUUUAAUGGGAAAUUUAUGCAACACUACUAAUAUCGAAUUAGAUUAUAAAGAAAUGAUAGUGGAAGUUCACACUCUAGCCACUAAGUGCUGCAAAAUGUCCUGUCUAUUUAUGGAUAUCAAAGGACUAUGUAUAGAUUCGAAUCUCAAUGACAACUAUUUACGUAUUCCUAAAAACAUUACCAAAUCGGUAGAGCCCAAUGACACAAUGCCUAUAGAGUCAGUAACGAUUUCAAUAUCUGAUCAAAAGAAAUUCAUAUCGACGGCAUUGGAUAAAAUACUACAAGUGUUUUUGUAAUGGAAUGGAACGUUCUUUCUCAUUAAAUUUGCUGAAAUCAACUUUUUUUUUAAGUUUUUUA